AUGGAGUUGAAGUUUAUCCUAAUUGGCGCUCUGCUCUGUCAUGCGGCUGUGGGUACACAGUCCGCCGCAAAUCCCAAAACCAAAGCAAAAACGAAGAAGCUGUUAACAGCUUUAAGCAAACUUGGAGACAGGAUCCUCUCCGGAGCCUUCGGCGGUUACAACCUCUUCGUUCAUGAGGUCGGUUUCUCCAUGGACCAAGCAAAUGGAAUCCAGCAAUUGACUAAUAAGUUCCCCGCUGUGUAUGGAAUAGACUGUUCUCCAGGUUGGGAGACCACUGAAGAAGGUCAUGAAACCGAUAUCCUAGAUUGUUUUAACUCUCAGAUUGUAGAUUACGCCAAAAAAGGAGGUAUCAUUACUGCCAGCCACCACUUCCCGAACCCUGUGUUUCCAGGCAACAGAGUACCCGGAAAUCAAAUAAGUAACAAAAACUUUUCCGAAAUUCUCCAGGACGGAACACCGGCGAGAAACAGGUGGUUAAAAAUGAUGGGAAAGAUUGCUGAAGGUUUUCAACGGUACAAGGACGAGGGGAUCACCAUCUUAUACCGUCCCUUCCACGAGAUGAACGGAGGCUGGUUCUGGUGGGGAAAAAUUGAUGAUCAAACCCAAAAUGAUGAAAGAUAUCGCCUCUUCAAGCUCCUCUGGCAGGAUCUCUUCAACUUCAUGAAAAAUAAAGGACUGGAUAACCUGCUUUGGGUCUACUCUCCCGGGGCUUUUAGUGGUUCCUAUACCGCCUUCUACCCAGGAGAUAACUUCGUCGACAUAGUUGGCUUAGACGGAUAA